CAAGUCAUCAACCCAAAUUUGUCUUCCCAACAAACAAGAAUCCUUCGUGGUUGGUUUGUGUUGGAGUUUUGUGCACAUCAUUCAAUUUCACAAUCAGUAAAAGACUUACUAAAUUCAUUCACAAUAACACAGACGAAGCACAAAAUCAGGAGGAAGAAGGUUGGCAAUAAAGACUAAAAGCAUUUGCAGAGCAGAGUAACAGAAACCCUUAAAAUAAAAUGAAUGGGUGUAUAACACAAUAUAACACAAUAACAUAGAUAGCAGCUCCAAUCAGAUUCAAUCGGUUUUAGCUGGCAGUCGGCAGUUUGGAUUGGAUUCCCUUGGAUCGGCGUCGCUUCGAUCAAAGCUUUUAUUAGGUCUCUUGCCCUUCAGGAGGUGAAUUUAUUGUUUGAUAGGCCAAAAGAGGGUUGUUAAUCGGUUAGGGUAAACCCUUUUGGAUUGAGCAUGGCAAGUUCAAGUAUAAGCAUGCUUGGUAGUGGUAGUGGUAAUGGUAGUGGCAACGAUAAUUGUAAUGGAAAUGGAAAUAGUUCGCAAUUGAGCGAGAAGGAGAAGGGUAGCCGGAACAAGAGGAAGUUCCGUGCUGAUCCUCCGCCCCCGUUGCCGCUUGUUCCCUGCACCGAGUGUAAUGCCCAUGCCAAUGGCAAUGCCAACAAGGGCUUUGUUGCUCUCGGUGGCUAUAAAAUGGGUUACCACUCUGGUGAAUCCUUCAAUGGGAACAGCACUGAUGUUGAUGGCAAUGGAAUUCCAUCUGCCACCCACUUUCACAGUCAUAACUAUAAUCAUAAUCAUAAUCAGAGUCAUAAUCAUAAUCAUAAUCAUAAUCAUAGUCAUUGUCAUAAUGCUGCCUGUUAUGCCACCAGUGAGUUUUGCAAUUCCUGUAAAGCUCACCAAGAGCAUCUUAAUUCUUGUAAAUGCUCUGCAUUCUUAAACGGUGGAAAGGGAGUCCAACCAGACACUAGGGAAACAAGCUAUGGAUAUGAAGAAUGUUCUAGUGGAGACCGUUUGCAAGAAGAGAGAGAGCUGGAGGAGCUUCAAGAGGCAGAUUGGAGUGGUGGUACUGAAUCUCAACUCGAGGAAUUGCUUUUGAGUAAUCUGGAUGCUAUAUAUAAGAGUGCAAUGAAGAAGAUUGUGGCGUCUGGCUAUACAGAGGACAUGGCUCUCAAAGCGGUUUUGAAACAUGGUAAGUGCUAUGGUAGUAAAGACACCCUCUCUAAUAUAGUAGAUAAUGCUUUAGUAUAUUUAAGUAAUACACAUGAUGUGGAUGGAAAGGACCUUUACUUUGAAGAUUUGCAACAAUUAGAGAAAUACAUAUUAGCAGAGAUGGUGUGUGUGUUGAGAGAGGUUCGGCCUUUUUUCAGCAGUGGUGAUGCAAUGUGGUGCCUCCUAAUUUGUGACAUGAAUGUGGCUCAUGCCUGUGCAAUGGAUGAGGAUGCUUUGAAUAAUUUUAACAAGGAUCCAAUGCCAGAAAAUGCUCCUGUUGCAUCGUCUGUGCAGUCUUCUCCGGAGACAAGCUCAUCAUCUGUACAGUCCACUUCAGAAACAACUUUAUCAUCCAUGCCUUCUGUUACAAACAUGCCUGCUUUCAAUAAAAAUGCCAUUCCACUGCAUCCGGUGCCUCAGAACUCUCAGGUUGCAAAUUCUUCAAUGCCUUUUGUUACUGGGGUGCCUACUUUUCCAAUUCAAGGGUUUUCUAUGUCAGGCAAUAUGGUUCAAAAUGCUUGCAAGCAUGAUUGUAUGUCAGUAUCAAAUAUUCCAGAAGCUCUGCAAUCUGGACCAGUCCAUCCUUGUUGCAGAAUGGGAGAUUCAAAGUUUAGUUGUAAUUUGCAGCUUGGGGCAGUUUUAUCAUCAGAUCAAUUUCAAGGCUCUUCAGCUUUCACUGCAGCACUUGGAACUGAUUACAAACCAGGACAUCAUGCUUCUGAGGUGAGUGCUGAGGAUUGUGCUUUGAGCAUGGCUCAGCCUUUUCAAAAAGCUGAAAGAUUUAUAUAUGAAGGCAAUAAAAUGAAAGACAAUCUAAACAUCAAUUCGGUGUAUCAAAAAGGAACUUUGGUUUCUCCUUCUGGGCCAGCUGAUAAAGUAGACCAAGUAGAAACAAGUGAAGCAUGUUUGUUGAAGAUGUCUUCAAUUGAAAAAGGAUCGUGUUUGACAGGUACUGAAAAUUCAGGCUCAAUAUAUAGAACCAUACCAGGUCCAUGCAUCAAAUGUCCAGGUGGUAAUGAAGUUUACAAGAGUUCUCAAAUUUCAGUAGAUCCAUUACAAGCUGACUUGCUGAUAGGGAAGUCUCUUAAGUUAAUAGAACCUGAAUUGUCAAUUGGAGCUUCUAGAAUAGAUCCCGAGACAGUAGAUGAUGCAUCAAGCUUUGUAGUUGCUGGCGCAGAGCUUUCUUUGUCAUUGUCUUCCUCCAGAGACAAAGAACUAAAUGAUUCUUUGAGUGUUGCUGAAGAGGCAUCUGAUACAAAUUAUGAUACUUUAUCAUUGGAUCAGAUUUUUGGAGGAAAUGGAUCCCAGGACAGAAAGGAUGAGAUGAUUAUGAAAAUGUUCCAUCGUGCAAGGGAAAUUGAAACACAGCUACAAGAAUGGACUGAAUGGGCCCAACAAAAGGUAAUGCAGGCAGCUCGCAGACUCAGUAAAGAGAAAGCUGAAUUAAAAGCUCUAAGGCAAGAGAGAGAAGAAAUUGCCCGUCUUAAGAAGGAAAAACAGGCAGUUGAAGAAAGUAACAUGAAGAAACUCUCUGAAAUGGAUAAUGCAUUACGGAAAGCAAAGGCGCAGAUGGAGCGUGGUAAUGCUACAGUUAGCAAACUGGAAGAAGAGAAUAAAAAAUUAAGGCAGGAGAUGGAUGCUGCAAAACUAAUAGCCAUUGAAUCUGCAGUUGCUUGUCUAGAAGUUUCCAAAAGAGAGAAAAAAACGCUAAAGAAGUUUCAAGCAUGGGAGAGACAAAAGGCCAUGCUUCAGGAGGAACUCACUAGCGAGAAGCGUAAGCUUGCUAGCUUACAGCAACAGCUAGUAAAAGCUAAAGAACGACAACUUCAAAUUGAGGUUAGGUGGAGGCAAGAGGAAAAAUCAAAGGAAGAAGCAAUUAUGCGAGCUACAACUGAAAAACAAGCAAAGGAGCAAAUUGAGGCUGCGACUAAAAGAAAGGAGGAUGCAUUACAUCAAAAAGCUGAAAUGGACACUCAACGCUACAGAGAUGAAGUGCAGCGUCUUGAACAUGAAAUCACCCAAUUAAGAUUCACAACCGAGUCUUCAAAACUAGCAGCGAUGCAGUGGGAUUCAAAUCAAACUGUUUCGUCUUGUCCAUCAGAUACAAAUAGUAUUCAGAUUUUGAGACAGACUAAUACUCGACUUCUCUCUGAGAUUGCAGAGUUGCAGGAUUUGUCUCAUAGUGAGGUUCAGCGUGAUCGUGAAUGUGUUAUGUGCUUAAGUGAGGAGAGGUCUGUGGUCUUUUUGCCUUGUGCACACCAAGUAGUUUGCACAAAGUGCAAUGAGCUGCAUGGAAAACAAGGCAUGAAUGAUUGUCCUUCAUGUAGGACACCAAUUCAACAACGGGUUUGUGUACAUAGUGCAAACUCUUAGCAUGAAAAAAUGGUUGCAAUUCAGCAAAAGUAAUAAUACGUAGAACUGCGACGAGUUGCUUAAUGUGACCAGAGUGUUUCUAUUUUAGAGUGAA